CUAGAACCGAGCAAAAAGACUACAACCAAACGUGAGCAUCCCCCCUUUAUGUUUCCGGCCAACAAGCAAUGAGUCUUCCAACAGAAAUCAAUGAGAUUUAUAAAAUGCGCUACAUGUGCAAUAAACACGAUAGAAACUGUAUUUCGCUACGAUACUUUCAACCACUCUAUUUCAUCCUAGACAACACACAAAGCGGGCUCAAUGUUCAAAAUACCGGAAAAAACAAAUAGCUCACAGCAACAUAUUGAAAAAAAGAACUAUGAACUAGUUCAGUUUUUUAGAACUGUGAACUUAGUUCAAAAUGUUGAAUUAUUGACGUUUAACUGAACUAGUUCAUUUUAAAAUUUGUGAACUGAACUUUGAACUAGUUCACGUAGAACUUUCCCAACACUGCCAAUAACCCCCACUACCCAUAAACCCAAAUUUGUGGUACUGCACCCAAAGGUGGCGCUACUGUAAAAAAUCAUGAAUUAGGCUUAUUUCUCCUCACCAGAUUGACCUGGACUCAAAAUUCUGUCAUCAUAUUAAUCUCUUAAAUCAGAUGCAUCUUUUUCACCCUGUUCGUCUGCUCUAAAAAUGUUUACUUUUCCCACAAUUUCAUAGAAAAGCCAAAUGUUCACAGUCUCAACCCAUUUUGCCUAUGUAAUCAUUUUGCAAUUGUAUAACUACCAUACGGCUAUCAUUAGGUGGAUACCAUUAACAGUGCAAAUUUUCAGAUCUGUACUCUUUUAAGAAAGCCCUUAAUUCUCUUGUGAAAUGUGUGCUUGGAGUUUUCUUGAUGUGUGCUUAUCAAUCGACAUUUUCAGAAUGUGAAUGAGGCAUCUUGCAGUUCAGGAAUGUCAGUGGCUCAACGGGAUAAUGCUGUGUACUGGUGUUCCUUAGGUUGAGAGUUCAUUUCCUGAUUUGAGCACUAUUAACAAGCCGAACAUGACAUUCUGUCAUGUUCUCAUUUAGGAAACACAACAUUGAACAGCACCUGAAAUUCAUCAGGCAAUCCACAUUCCGGCUCAUUAAUAAUGGCAAUAAGGGGAACUUCUACAUUAACCAUUUUCCCUUCAUAAUUAGCUCAUUAUGUCAUAUUUAUAUUUCUUAGUAGUGUUCUUGACUACAAAUGUUUAAUUUUCCCAGAAUUUCAAAGAUUUUUCAGGUAUAUGCUUUGAAGAAAGCCCUUAAUUCACUUGAGAAAUGUGUGCUUUAAGUUUUCUGGAUGUUGUGUGCUUAUCAAUAGACAUUUUGACCAUGUGAAUGAGGCUGCAGUUCAGGUUUAUAAGUGGAAGAUCUUUCCUUAAAUAUCACAAUUAUAUGUUAGAUUUUUAUAUCUUCCAUUAGUGUGUUCUUGACUGUUAAUUUAGCUCUGACCCCGUUAAUCUUCGCUUGCGGUUAUAUUUCUAAUUGUCAUUGUGUAUUUUUUUUUAAAUUAACUGCCUACCAAAAAUCUUCAUUAUUGCCAAUUGUUUCUUUGUCCCACUUCCUAUAGCAGUAUUUUUCUUAUUUAUUUGAAUACAUGAAUUAAUAUGUUUCAUGUAUUUUGAAGGCCUAUUGUAUUUUCCAUCUGCUGUUUGUUCUUGUUACUUUACAUGGUAACACUUUACAAUACAAACAUUAACCAUUUCUUUAAAUAAGUGUAAAGCAAUAAAUAAAUACAGAAAUGAGCAUUAAUGUGUUGCUUUAAUAUUGGGGUUAGUGUAAGCAGUAUAAAUAAUUAAAUAAAGUAUUAAUGAAUACCUUAUAACAUGAACAUCAUUAGUUUACAUGAAAACUUUUGGUAAAUGAUUACUAGACCAUUCUUCAACUAUUAAAUAACUUUGUUUCAUAAUUAUGACUGUAUUCAAUAAUGUUAAGAAAUGGUAAAUAAUGUACCUUCAUGUGAAGUGUUCCCCUUACAUUACUAUUAAAGUUACAUGAGUUUUAAAUUCAUGAAUGGUUUUUCAUUAUGGAAGAAAGGUGUACUCAAAUUGACAUUAAUAAAACCUUAUCAUUGUAAAAUACAACAAAAAAUAACAACUCAGUCUUUGAUGCAUACUUGGAGCUGACUCAUUUUUCAGUUUUGACUCAGUUCUUUAUGUUUAAAUCCGAGAAUUAGCCAAUUCUUUAUUUCCUUUUUUCACCAUCCAUUCACUUCCUCAUUUAGUCUCCAACGGAACAGACAUGGAAAUCUUUAAAACCACCUAUUGUCUCUUCUACACACUUGAGAUUUGCUGUUCACACAGAGAAAGAAACCAGAUCGAGAAAAAAACAUUUGUGGGAUUUGGAUUGGUGGGUUUGCUGAAAUUAAAAACAAAUAGUGUUUUUGGAUUGGCGUUUUUUCACGAUGGAUCCCUCAUGCUGGAAGAUAUUUAAUGAUGGACCCUCUGUAGGAAUGGAAAUCUUUUGUCUUGAAAAUUAGAAUAACCUCAAAACGUUUUUUUGUGUUCUGGAAAGAAAAAGGAAAGUACAAUGCCAUUAAGGGGAAUUGGUUACUGUUCUUUGGGAAUAUUAUAUUUACUUUUGAAUUUGAAUACUUUUAUUUUUCCAACUGCUAGUUACGUGCUGAAGGACUGCAGGGUCACAUGGAACACAGAGGCCAUCUGUCAGAACCGUUUAAAAGUAUUUCCAAAGGACAUUCCAAUAAGAGUGACCAACAUUAAUUUGUCUCGAAACAGAAUUUCCAAACUUAAAAAAACUGAUUUGGUAAAUUUACCAAAUCUGUUGCGCUUGAACCUGAAACGUAACCUUAUCUCCAAGAUUGAAUCUGGCACUUUUGUGUGUCAAAUCUCUCUAGAGGUGUUGAUUUUAAACAACAAUAGGCUUGGUAAUCUACAGGAGGGUGCGUUUGAGGGCCUUGUCAAUCUCACAGAAUUGCGUCUGACUUCCAAUAAGAUCCAAACAGUAUCACCGGCCUCUUUUAAGUCUUUGAGCAAGCUAAAGUUUUUGGACCUAGGUCACAACAAACUGCGCCACUUAACAAACAUCUUACAACAUAUGCCACAUUUACAAACCCUGUACAUUCCAGCAAACAAAAUUUCCAAUUUUCAUUCAUGGGAGCUGUCAAAUAAGUCUACAGAACUUGUUUCACUGGACUUGUCUCAAAAUCAGCUCAUGGUCUUUAGCCUCACUGCAGAUAUCUUUCCCAACCUCACAUUAUUGAACCUUGAUGGUUGUAUGAAGAAUGGUAUCGUCUGGGAGGUGAAUGACACAUUGUACCUUAGUGGUGUGUCUAAACUAGAUAUCAGUGGGGUUCGCUCCUCAUCACAUGGAAUGCAGGAAGUUCUAGAGACAUUCAACUCGUCACUGAAGUAUCUGACGUUAAACCAUGUGAAUAACAACCUGGAAAUUCUCAUCCAUAUUUCCUGCAAAAUCCCAUCACUGACAUCUCUUAAAGUCCGAAAUAAUGGCAUCAAAGUAAUUAGAUCAGAUAUGCUGCACUUGUGUACUAAUCUGAAAGAGUUGGACUUUGGGACGAAUAAGAUAACUGACAUCUCUGAAAAUUCAUUUCAAUCUCUGAGGAAUCUUAACAUUUUAAUCAUAAAGUUAAACCAUCUCUCAUCCGUCCCUUGUGCCGUCAGGAAUGUAUUAACACUCUCAAAAUUGGAUCUGAGCUCCAACAACAUAAGUAUGAUUGGCUGUAAUGAUUUUGCCAAUAUGACCCGUCUCAGAAUUCUCCAUCUCAACAAUAAUCAUCUCUUGGCUCUCAAGGAUUGUGUGUUCAGAGAUUUGGUUAAUUUAAAGCACUUGGAGUUGCAAAACAACAGUAUUACCAAGUUAAACGGUGCCUUCAAAAAAUACAUGCCAAAUCUUAAUGUACUUUAUUUGUCUAACAAUCAACUCGCCUUUCUAGAUCAUGGAGAAUUUGAAGCUCUGAAAUCCCUCAUGAAUCUGUCAUUACAGGGGAAUCAAAUAAAAUCACUUCAAAGUGGGCCUUUUUAUGGCCUGUCCAAUCUUAAAUAUCUUACACUUGAAUCCAAUGAACUUAGAAUAAAUCGAAAUUCAAACCCUGAUUUUGGUGACUUGAAGGCUUUAAAGACAUUGAAUUUGAUGAACAAUCAAAUUAAAUAUAUAUUGGAUAACCCCAUUGCUUAUCCACCAUUUGCUGAGCUUUCACAACUAGAUACUUUGCAUCUUUCAGGUCAACAUGGUCGACUUGGGACCAACCUCCCUCAAAACUUUCUUCAAGGCUUGACAAAUCUGUCAGUACUCAAUAUCAGAAGUUCAGAGUUUAAUUCUCUGCACCCACUAUUCUUCAACUAUACUCGUAAUUUGAAAGUUCUUUAUUUGAGUGCAAAUUACUUCACAGACAUUCCCGACAAUCUAUUUUCUCCGAUUCAAAAACUAAAAAGUCUUUACAUUUCACAGACACGCCUGAGGUCUCUAGAUUUUCUACUCCAUGCUAACCUCACGGAGCUGGAGUUCUUGCAAGUGAGGAAGAAUGCCUUUUCUGUGAUUAGAGAGCCAGUGAUGCAGUCUCUGUCAGCACUUGUAUACCUGGAUAUGUUGGGUAAUAGCUUCACCUGUAACUGUGACAACACGUGGUUCCUCCAAUGGGUUAAAAACAACAAGCAAACACAAGUGUAUGAUGCAUACAACUUUGAAUGCAACUACCCUCCAAACCUUAAAGGAAGAAAAUUGUUGGAGAUUGACGUCCGUUCAUGUACAGUAGACAUGGAAUUUAUCUGUUAUAUUUCCACGGCAUGCACGGUCAUAAUGACCAUAGCGGUCUCCUUCACUCACCAUUUCCUACAAUGGCAUCUGGUCUACGCCUACUACCUCAUGCUGGCGUUCCUCUACAACUCAAAGCACAAGAACAAGCGUGCUCAUCAAUACGACGCCUUUGUCUCCUACAACGCAAACGACGAGGGCUGGGUGCUGGGGGAGCUGCUGCCCAAGCUGGAGGACAAGCAGGGCUGGACACUGUGUCUGCACCACCGAGACUUCCAGCCAGGCAGACCUAUAAUAGAAAACAUAACAGACGCCAUCUAUGGCAGCCGGAAGACAAUCUGUGUGGUCAGUCGUGAUUACCUGCAGAGUGAAUGGUGCUCCAGAGAGAUCCAGGUUGCCAGGUAAGAAUCCAGAUCAUUUACAUGCAUCCAUCACUUCUGAUGACCAGAAUAUGGUUGUUCAUUAAAUCAGCUUCACAUGUGUACUUGUGGUCUUAUUCACGACCCUCAUUCAUCCUCCCUCCAAAUUUAAAGUGCAACAGACCAAGCCUAAAUUAGUCAUUUACAUCGGCACAUAUGCGAAGAUCGUGCAGAUUUGCCAUAACGCUCCAUUCACUAAAAAAGGAGUUUGCAUCCCGCAAACCCGGUUGGUGCUUAUCACCUUCUUAAGUAAAAGUAGCUGUAGGUACAAUUUCAGAGCUAUAAUUUUGGUGUCAUGUGAAAGAAAUGGUCUAGCCAUUCAGCCGACGGCUAUAAGUGAGUGAAAUGCGCUGUGAGUAUAUCUGUUUCGAGUUGACCGCGCCUGCCUCCACAUGAGCCUAAUGUACACAACAUUGAGGGCAUAACAUUUUAGAUUUGUAUUAAAAGUAAAUCUAACAGAUCUGCACAUGAUUAUGCGGUACGACAACAAAAUGACCGUAGUAAACAUAAUAAUAUAAACCUUUUCACAUAAAUGAAGAAGAAUUCUUCUUAAGGUAUAGACUAUAUAUUUGUUCAAAAACCGAGAUUGUCACAUUCAAAAAGUGAAAUCAGAAAGAAAAGCAGUGCGAUCUUAUGCAUUUUCAAGUUAUAAGUUAAGUUGUUCUUAUCGGCUGUAUGUAGACAUGCUCUACAGAGGUGAGUGAGAGCGACACCCAUUACUAUAGCAAAGCUGAGUUUCAAGCAGCAAUAAACAAGUACUUAGGGUCCUCUUUUGUACUGCUUUCAGGCAUUUUCUCUUAUAUUGAGUACAUAUUGUGUCAAUUUUGAGUUCUGUGGCUGCAUUCUCUUCUGAUGCAUCCUCUGCAUGUCCACUCUUUCCCCCCCUACUUGCUUGUUACCAUUCAAAAAUCA